AUGAGAUUUCCAGCAACAACUGUGUGCCUUAUGUUAUGGACUGUUUGUGUCGCAAAAGAUUGUCAAGAACCCCCUCCAAGAAAAGAAACAGAAAUUCUGUUAGGUUCUUGGACUGAACAAACAUAUCAAGAGGGCACUCAGGCUACGUAUAAAUGCCGCCCUGGAUACAGAACUCUUGGGAGUAUUGUAAUGGUAUGCAAGGAUGGAAAGUGGCUAUCUCUUCAUCGUUCGAGGAUCUGUCAGAAAAAGCCCUGCGGACACCCUGGAGACACUCAGUUUGGUUCUUUCCAUCUUGCAGUAGGAACUCAGUUUGAAUACGGUGCAAAGAUUGUUUAUACAUGUGAUGAGGGGUAUCAGAUGCUGGGUGAGGUGAAUUUCCGUGAAUGUGAAUCAAAUGGAUGGACCAAUAAUAUUCCCAUAUGUGAAGUUGUUAAGUGUUUACCAGUAACAGAACCAGAGAAUGGGAAAAUUUUCAGUGGUGCCCUGGAACCAGACCAAAUAUAUACUUUUGGACAAGCAAUACAGUUUGAAUGUAAUUCAGGCUACAUACUUGACGGACCUAAACAAAUACAUUGCUCAGCAGAUGGUGUUUGGAGUGAAGAAAAACCAAAAUGUGUAGAAAUUUCCUGCAAACAACCAACCAUUUUAAAUGGAUAUCCUGUAUCUCGGAAGGAAAUUUAUAAGGCAAAUGAACGAGUUCAAUAUAAAUGUGCAAGAGGAGGAGACGCUGUAUGCACUGAAUUUGGAUGGACCCCAGUUCCUUCAUGUAAAGAAAUAACAUGUGAUCCUCCUUAUAUUCCAAAUGGUGUUUACACACCUCAAUUAGCCAAAUACAGAGGUGAAGAUAAAAUCACUUACGAGUGUAAACGUGGCUUUGCUCCUGUGAUCCAGGGAAAUGUUGCAAUGUGCACCAGCCAGGGCUGGUCACCUGCUCCAAGAUGUUCAUUUAAACCUUGCGAUUUUCCAGUAAUAAAACAUGGAAGCGUACCUUAUUCACGUAGAGGAUACUUUCCAGCAAGCAUAGGUCAAUGGUUCUACUAUGACUGUGAUCAGUAUUUUGUGCCAGAAAUUCGCCAGCCUUACCUUAGAUGCACACAAAAAGGAUGGACUCCAGAAGUACCGUGCCUCAGACAAUGUACUUUCAAGUACUUGGAAAACGGACAUUACCCAAAUUAUGAAGAAAAAUAUUUACAAGGUGAAACUGUAAGAGUUCGCUGCUAUAAUGGCUACAGUCUUCAGAAUAACCAGAACACAAUGACCUGUACAGAGAAUGACUGGUCUCCUCCUCCCAGAUGCAUCCGUGUCAAAACAUGUUCAAAAUCAGAUAUACAAAUUAAGAACGGAUUUUUUUCUGAAUCUACCUUUACAUAUCCUUUAAAUAAACAAACACGGUAUAAGUGUAAAUCAGGAUAUGUAACAGCAGAUGGUAAUACAUCAGGAUUAAUUACGUGUCUGCAAAGUGGAUGGUCAGUGCAACCUGUAUGCAUUAAAUCCUGUGAUAUGCCAGUAUUUGAGAAUGCCAGAGCCAGAAGUGAUGGCACAUGGUUUAAGCUCAAUGACAGCCUGGAUUACGAAUGCCUUGAUGGGCAUGAGAACCAAGAUGGACAAACCACAGGCUCCAUAGUGUGUGGUGAAAAUGGCUGGUCUGAUAAACCUGCAUGUUAUGAAAGAGAAUGCAGUAUUCCACAAAUGGAAAACAAUUUAGAUGCUAAUCCCAAGAAAGACAGUUAUAGAUUUGGAGAUGUGUUGAAAUUCUCCUGCAUACAAGGACGUAUUAUGGUUGGAGCAGAUUCAAUUCAGUGCUACCACUUUGGAUGGUCCCCUAAUCUUCCAACAUGUAAAGGGCAAGUAAAAUCGUGUGCUCCACCUCCUCAACUGCUCAGUGGGGAAGUUAAAGAAACACAGAGAGAAGAAUAUGGACACAGUGAGGUGGUGGAAUAUGUCUGCAAUCCUGGAUUUCUGAUGAAGGGCUCUCACAAAAUUCAGUGUGUUGAUGGACAAUGGACAGCUUUGCCCGUGUGUAUUGAGGAGAAGAGUACCUGUGGAGAUAUACCGGAACUUGACCGCGGCUAUGUCAACCGUUCUGCCCCUCUCUAUCACCAUGGAGACUUGGUAGAGUUCAGUUGCAGAGAAGCAUUUACAAUGAUUGGACCCAGAUCAGUCACAUGUAUUAGUGGAAAGUGGACCCAACCUCCUCAGUGCAUUGCAACAGAGGAACUUAAGAAGUGUAAAUGGUUAAAAACAUUUCCAUCUGAGGGAAAUCCAUCGGAUAAGAUUGAAUUUGACCAUAACAGCAGCAAAAGUUACAAAUGUCGAGGAAAAUCAGAAUACAAACACACAAUCUGUAUAAAUGGAAGAUGGGAUCCUGAAGUAACCUGCAAAGAAGAAGCACAAAUACAAUCAUGCCCACCCCCACCUCAGAUUCCCAAUUCUCGAAAUAUGACAACUACAGUGACAUAUCAGGAUGGAGAAAAAAUAUCUAUUCUCUGUCAAGAAAAUUAUCUAGUUGAAGAUGAAGAAGAACUUGUGUGCAAGGAUGGGAGAUGGCAGUCAAUCCCACGCUGUAUUGAAAAACUUCCAUGUUCUCAACCACCUCAAAUAGACCAUGGAACGAUUAAAUCAUCUAGCUCUGCAGAAGAAGGGAGAGAAACAUUUGAACCCAAGCUUUAUGCACAUGGCACCAAGUUAAGUUAUACCUGUGAAGAUGGUUUCAGGAUAUCCGAAGAAAAUGUGAUAACAUGCCACAUGGGAAAGUGGAGUUCUCCACCUCAUUGUGUAGGACUUCCUUGUGGACUUCCACCUUUGAUUCAGAAUGGUGUUGUAUCUAAUGAGAAAGACAGUUACCAAGAUGGAGAAGAAGUUACCUACAACUGUGAUGAAGGUUUUGGGAUCGAUGGACCUGCAUCUAUAAGAUGUUUAGGAGGAAAAUGGCCCCUUCCACCGGAAUGCAUAGACACAGAUUGUUUUAACUUACCCAGCUUUAAUGGUGCUGUACUCAUAGGCCGGAAGAAGAAAUCGUAUAGGUCAGGAGAACAGGUGGCUUUUAAAUGUCUACCAUCUUAUCAAUUGGAUGGAGCCAAUACUAUACAGUGUAUUAAGAGCAAAUGGAUAGGAAGGCCAGCAUGCAGAGAUGUUUCCUGUGUGAAUCCACCCAAAGUGGAAAAUGCUAUUAUACAAAAUGAGAGGUCUAGAUAUCAAAGUGGUGAGAGAGUACAUUAUGAAUGCACCUGGCCUUAUGACCUUUUUGGGGAGGUAGAUGUGAUAUGUUUAAAUGGAACUUGGACAAAAGCACCUCAGUGCAAAGACUCUCAAGGAAAAUGUGGGCCUCCCCCACCAAUAGACAAUGGAGACAUUACUUCAUUCCCGGCACCAGUAUAUCCUCCAGGAUCGGAAGUUGAGUACCAAUGCCAGUCCUACUAUGAACUUCAGGGAAACAGAUACAUAGUAUGUCAGAAUGGAGAGUGGUCAGAACCACCAAAGUGCUUAGAUGCAUGUGUAAUUUCAGAAGAAAUGAUGGAAAAACAUAACAUACAAUUAAAAUGGAAAAGUGAUAAAAAACUUUAUUCUAAAACAGAUGACACUGUUGAAUUUACGUGUAAAAGUGGAUAUCGUCCAAGGACACCUCGCUAUACAUUUCGAACAACCUGUCAGGAGGGAAAAGUGGCAUAUCCUACUUGUGGAUGA